AACUCUGUGUUAUUGUUUACAAAAUUUCCACUGAGAUUCAUGGCAGAGAGAGUGGGGCAUAUCCUCAACUGGCUGCCAUUGAUGUGGCUAAUGUCUCUCACUACUACCCCAGAAGACGAAGCCUUGAUUAACGACUGUUUAAAAAAUAUAAAAGAACAUAAUGUCUAAAAAUGACAAUGGAAUGCAUACUCAAGGACCCCAAAACUUUCAGUUGGCAUUAGAAUAAAAGAGAAAUUCCCUCCAGACACCUGAUGAAGGCUGAAGGGUAUGUCAGCCAAAACAUAUUAACAACAAACAAGAUGAGGACAAAUAUCCAUCAAAUUAAAGACAUGACUACAUCUAACAACCAAUCUGAUGGCAUUAAUGAUGAAAUUGUAGUGGAAUCUAAUUCACCGAAAGCUUCGUCAUCCAACCAUUAUAAUUCUUCUGGUGCUCGUUGUAAUGACAUUUUUGAAAUUAAAGACAGUGAAUGCAUUGUCGUUGAUGCCAUAUCAACGGCUGCCAAUAAGGAACCGAUUUACAUUGAUCUCACUGCACUGUCUGAUGAGGAAGACGAUUCCAUUAAGGAACCAGAUGGUUCCAAUAUGGAAGCAGACAGUUCCAAUAUGGAAACAGAUGGUUCCAAUAUGGAAACAGAUGGUUCCAAUAAGGAACCAGAUGGUUCCAAUAAGGAACCAGAUGGUUCCAAUAUGAAAGCAGAUGAUUUUAGAUCCCCAAUUGUUGAAUAUCGAGUCGGUUGCAAAGGAAAGCAACAGUCUCGUGCUGUUUUACCCCCCAAGUGUGCCAGCUAUAAAAAUCAUUUGUUACAGGGCUUAGCCAGCAACUGUCUGAAGACUCGUAGCUCUCAGGACUUUUACGAGCUUUGCUCCAUUGAUCCAGGCCCAUUUGCCAUUAGACACAGAAGCAGUUCUGCCUUGCACCGCAGGCGUGACAGUCCUAUCCAAGCUCAUUGUAGCACGGAAUCUCUUCCUGGUCAUUUAGAUUCUGGACGACCAUGGAAACUGAAACAACCAAACAACUUUAUCAAUUCAUCAGAGCCCUGUUCUGAUUUCUUUAAAAUGUUUCAUCCACCGAGGACAGCUUAUACAGAACGACAAAAGAAAUUCUCUCGUCAUUGGAACUGGACAAAUUUUGGCAUCAAGUAUCACCAAGAACCAAGACAACAAUGUGGAUUUGAGUUUAGCAUUAUGUCUUACAAUAUACUUGCCCAAGAUCUCUUAGAAUAUCAUAAAUAUCUGUAUACAUAUUGCAAAUCUAAAAUCCUGUCCUGGGAAUAUCGAAGAUGGUGUUUAUUGAAAGAAAUCGACACACUUAGCCCAGACAUUAUGUGCCUUCAAGAAGUCCAGCAGGACCAUUAUGAAACAUUUUUCAAGCCAGAGUUUGAAAAGCGAGGUUAUGAAGGAGUAUUCUGCCCCAAGUCAAAUUAUCAAAGUGAUGGCUGUGCAACAUUCUAUAAAAUUAUCUUAUUCGUUCAGAUCUCUUCUGAUCAAGUUGACUACAUGAAAGGUGGUGUUCUGGACCGUGGCAAUGUUGGCUUAAUUGUUGGCCUAAAGCCAAGGAAUCUUGCAUUUCAAAAGAACAACAGCUGUUUCUAUGUGGCCAAUACACAUUUAUUAUUUAAUCCUCGUCGAGGAGAUGUUAAACUUGCUCAACUUAUUGUUUUAUUAACAGAACUUGAAAAAAUUGCUUUCAAGUGUAAAAUAAGUCAAGAGAAAAGCAUUUACCAUCCUUUCAUUUUGUGUGGGGAUUUCAACACAGAGCCUUUCAGUCAAAUUUAUAACUUUAUAAUGUCCAGUUAUUUGCGUUAUGAAGACUUGUUGAUUCGAGAAAUGUCUGGUCAGACGGAUGAAAUGUAUGGCAGGAAUAAUUAUUUAUCGAGAGAUUUCUUCCCAGGUCAUUUAAAUAUCAACAACUGUUGUCAAUACAUUCAUGUCUUUCAAAGAAGAAAUGAAGGAUGUCCUGACGAACAGACAGAAAACUCAGACGUAUCUCCAAAGGAGGAAACUGUUUGCUCAACACCGAAUGACGACGCUGUCGACAGAGAAGACAGUAGGGAAUCCUCUUCGCGGUCACGUGACAGGACUUUUAAGGAACUGAUUCGGCCAUUCCAAAAGGGUGUAGUCAAACAUUCUUUUAACUUGAUGUCAGUCUAUAAGCAUGUGACGCAGGUGAGGGGACGCUUUCGCAAUGAAGUGUCAACAUAUCAUAAUAAAUGUUGCUCAACAGUGGACUACAUUUUUUACACAGUCGACAGCAAAUUGCUGCACAAACCGCAAUGCAGCAGCAGCACUGCAGAGGGGAAACUGAAGCUGAUAUGUUACUAUCAGUUACCCUCUACACAGGAGGUCAAGGAGUUCGACAAGCUCCCCAAUACGCAGCUGGGCUCUGAUCAUUUCUCACUAUUAGCAUCCUUCCUUUUGCUCUAAUUUAUGGUUCCAUGUUUGAGCCCCAGACAUGCUAUACAUACAAAAGCUUCUGCACACACACACACACACACGAAUUUGCCAAGCUUUAACUAACAAUUCAUUCUUCUUAACCCUGAAACAUUCUUCUUUAUUCUUUUAAUCUUUCUUUUUUUCCUUCCAUUUCUCUUUUGUUUUGCAGUUUUAGUUUUUACAUCCUUCACAAACUCACACAAAUAUAUAUUGAAUUAAAAAAAAAAGAAUUUGAAUGAAUUAUUUGGGUUUAUCUGCUGCUGCUCUAUUCUCCUCCCAUUCUGCCAAUCCAAAGAACUCCUACUGCACAGCUGUUCUCCAGGUUCCCUUCCACCCUAUCCGUAUAGUGUUCUUAAUAAAUAAAGAAAAAAAACCCAGUUAAUAUGGAAAACGCAAACAAUUUUGGUGGGAAGUUUGUUUAUUUUCUAUAUUCAUCUGUGAAACAAAUUAUUGUUUGCUUUCCAUGGAAGCUGACUAAAUAAAAAAAUUUUUAAAAAC